UGGGAGAAACUUGGGCCAGCGGCGGUCGAUUAGUCUGACCUGAGAAAGAUGGCGUCCUCGGAGCAGGCAGAGCAGCCGAACCAGCCAAGCUCUUCUCCAGGAAGUGAAAAUGUGGUGCCUCGAGAGCCACUGAUUGCCACAGCAGUGAAGUUUCUACAGAAUUCCCGGGUCCGGCAGAGCCCACUUGCGACCAGGAGAGCAUUUCUCAAGAAGAAAGGGCUAACGGAUGAAGAGAUCCACCUGGCUUUCCAGCAGUCGGGCACUGCUACCGACGAGCCUUCACCCUUGGGCCCAGCUGCCCCAGUGGUCCCUGUCCAGUCCCCUCACCUCAUUCCGCAGCCAUACAGCCCCGGAGGCUCCCGAUGGCGGGAUUACGGUGCCUUGACCAUCAUCAUGGCGGGAAUUGCCUUUGGCUUUCACCAGCUAUACAAGAAGUACCUACUGCCCCUCAUCCUGGGAGGCCGGGAGGACAGGAAGCAGCUGGAGAGGAUGGCGGCGAGUCUCUCGGAACUGAGUGGCAGCGUGGCCCAGACAGUGACUCAAGUACAGACAACACUGGCCUCUGUCCAGGAGCUACUGAGACAGCAGCAGCAGAAGGUCCAGGAACUGGCCCACGAGCUGGCCGCUGCCAAGGCCACCACGUCAACCAACUGGAUCCUGGAGUCCCAGAAUAUUAAUGAGCUCAAGUCAGAGAUCAACUCCUUGAAAGGACUUCUUUUGAAUCGGAGACAGUUCCCUCCUUCCCCAUCGGCCCCGAAGAUCCCCUCCUGGCAGAUCCCAGUGAAGUCCCCGUCGCCCUCCAGCCCCGCGGCCGUCAACCACCACAGCAGCAGUGACAUCUCUCCUGUCAGCAAUGAGUCUCCGUCAUCCUCUCCCGGGAAGGACAGCCACAGCCCCGAGGGCUCCACUGCCACAUACCACCUGCUGGGGCCACAGGAAGAGGGUGAAGGGGUGCUAGAUGUCAAGGGUCAGGUGAGGAUGGAAGUGCAGGGUGAGGAGGAGAAGAGGGAGGACAAGGAGGAUGAGGAGGACGAGGACGAUGACGUGAGCCAUGUGGAUGAGGAGGACGUCCUCGGGGUACAGAGGGAGGACCGACGGGGAGGCGACGGGCAGAUCAACGAGCAGGUAGAGAAGCUGCGGCGGCCAGAAGGCGCCAGCAAUGAGAGUGAGCGGGACUAGGGCCGGCACUGCCUGCCUUCCCUGCCCGCCUUCCCGGGACAGACAGGAGGGAGGGACGGCAGAGCAGGUGGGCAAGCGUUGUGGCUCCGCCUCCAUGGGGGCGGGCCCGGAAGCCCGGGGCGGGGCGGCCCCUCAGUGCGGCGGUCUGGGCUGCAGUUCUGUUCACCAGCCUCCCAAACUCGCCCGAGCCCCAGCGGCCCCACUGGCCCCGGGGCACAGCCCGGCAGAGGACGCAGGCGCUCUGCACCCAAGCCCCUGCCGCCAAGCCCCCUGCCCACGGGCGUCUUGUCGAGGCGCGUCCUCACAAGAGUAUCUCACCACCUGACACCAUGCAUGGCCAGAGCUCCUCAUCUCCUGCCUCUGUCACCUCAGUGCAGGGGAACUGUGGCCCCCUGGGUCUUGCUGUCUCCUCCACUGUGCCCUGGCUGGGCUUGUGGCUUCUUUGCCUGUUCCAAAAGCCAGGGCCUGCUCUCCGUCUCGUGGGCCUGCCAGGACCCAGCCUCCUACAGCGGGCCCUGGCUGACAGAUGCUGCCCUUGGGCGCCUGUCCCCAGCCUGCCUGCCCUGUCGUCCUCGCUUGCUGUGUGGUGGUUUAGCUCCUCCGUGGUGAGGUGUGCCUCUCCCUCCUGCGGUGGGGCCAGGAAGCAGGGCCCUUCUGACCAACAGCCAUGUCUGUCCUUCCCACUGACAAACACAUGUUCAUUUCUGUGAUCAUGUAUAGAUUUCAGAAUAUAAGAUAUGACUGUACAUAAUUGUAAUAAAUAUGACUUGCCAUAUUUAA